AUGGAAACAAGUGCAAAUCCCCGUCGGCGCCGAACGGAGCGUGGGCCCCGGUCCAAGAGCGGCUGUCGAACGUGCAUUAGCAAAAAGGUGAAAUGUGACGAGCAACACCCACUAUGUCGCCGCUGUGUUCGCCUUCGGCUGCAGUGUGAAUGGCCUGUUUAUCAGCCUUCCAUGUCAACCAGAAGACGGGGCCUCGGUCCUAUCAAAAGCCGAGAUGCUUGGACUCCUCCACCCAUUCUUCCAAUAUGGCAGAGCCAAGCUGAACCAGUCGAUCUAGACAACCUUUCCCCAAUUGAGGAAAUUGGUGACUGCAUAAUUGAGUCCCCAAACCCCGGUCAUGAUCACCACCUCGAGACUGGGGCCUUCAAUCUUUGGUUUGAUACCGGUGAGACAGCCAGUCAAUUGAAUGACCCAGCUCAGCAAACAGAGCUGGUCGAACAAGAGAAUCAUGCACAAGUCUCUAUCUUGCUUUCUCCGCAGCUGCCCCUCAACUUCCAAACCACACCGGCGGCCAUCUUAUUUGCCCGCGAGCUAGGAGCCAACUAUGCUCCCUCGCUUGGGAGUAAUGAUUCGCAGGCGGUAUCAUUUUAUCGUGCUGUCUUCGCGCCUCUGAAAUCGACCCGAGAGGCCGCGUUAUCGGCACACAUUUUGUUCCUUGACCUCGCAAUGCAGAAUACCAUGGCCCUUCAUUUUCUCCUCGCCGUUUCCCAUAACGAACUGGCCAUCCACCUGAGCCCUAGCAAUCAUCCUCCACAAGAGUCAUGGAAGCAUUUCCAAUACGGAUCCGAGAUAUUUCUCGCGGCGCUUAACCCUUUGGCUCGUUCGACUUAUUUAGACCAUGUUGGCACAAUGUUGUCAUUCUUAUACAUGUACAUGUUCUGGAUGCGUAUUCCUCCUCUAAACGCCCAGAACCUGUGCCAGCUGAGUGUUUCCGUACUCACCUAUGUCAAGAGUCAUAGGUUGUAUGAGUUAUGUGCAGGUUCUGGGUCCUCGUCCGCUGAUACUGUGCUCCUAUCGCGAAUCCUCACUUAUCUCUACGACCGGGAUGGAUACUGCAGUUUCUUUGGCUGCGGAGGCGCUUUCGCUAGCUACGGUAGUGAGAACCACGAGAAGCGUCAUCGGAUCUGGCAGUUGUCGAAGUCUAUCUUUACAUCUUCAGAUAGCCACACCACCGCCUCAACAAUGCCUAGCACGCAUUGGCCAUUGACCUCACACAUUCUGAAUGUCUAUUUCGAGUUAAUAUCCAUACAUCAUGAUAUUAACUGCUAUAGUCAGGCCGUUGAGGCCCAGGUAUCUCGAUUACUGAGAAAGAUCAAAAGAAACCUCGCUAGGGCGCAAGAGGAAUGCAAAUCCCUUUCACAUCUUGUCACAAAGUGUAAAAGACAAGGAAGGACCCCGCCACUUAUGGCAUUGGUUGCUGUCACGUUCUUUCACGCCAUCCGAAUAUAUUUUCACCGCAGCCGCGACUCAUAUUUUGGUCAGCUUCCAGUGCCCAAUGAGAUGCAACAAACCUUGAGCGACCUUAUCAGUGCUGCAUUCCACACUGUUGCGACAGGGCCAGUGCAGCUCCUCGAACGGUUCCAAUGGUCACUACUGAUAGCGGGGAUGGAAACCCAUGAUCCGGUUCAUUUGGAGUGGAUUUUGGCGAAUCUCUCAGACCCCAUCCUGAAAUCUUUACUGAAUAUGGUCAAAGAGGAGCAAGAACCACCCAGAAUCUCGAUCAAACAACUGAGACAAAUCAUUGAUCCAGUUUCUCAUGGUGACAUCCGGGGAACAUUGGUUUAA